AUGACAGUUUGCAGUGGAAUGAGGGAUGAGGUGGAGGUGACUGAGAAGAGGCUGCAAGAUGUGGAGGACUCUGUCCAGAAGAAGCUUCAUGGCGUGGCCCAUCCUGUCCUCGCCAUAAGGCUGCAUCAGGCGCCAGGGUCCGGGAAGGUUUUCAUUCAGAGAGACUACAGCAGUGGCACCCGCUGCCAGUUCCAGACCAAGUUCCCCACGGAGCUGGAGGACCGGAUUGAUAGGCAACAAUUUGAGGAAACAGUUCGAACUCUAAAUAAUCUUUAUGCAGAAGCAGAGAAGUUUGGGGGCCAGUCCUAUCUUGAAGGCUGCCUGGCUUGUCUAACAGUGUACACCAUCUUCCUGUGCAUGGAAACUCACUACGAGAAGGUUCUGAAGAAAGUCUCCAAAUACAUUCAAGAGCAGAAUGAGAAGAUUUGUGCUCCCCAAGGCCUCCUCCUGACAGAUACCAUCAAGAGAGGACUUCGAAUUAUUGAAAUUACUAUAUAUGAAGACAGAGGCAUGAGCAGUGGAAGAUAAACCAUAGGAUUAAAGGCCCACCUCCAGCUGGGACCCUCAUCUGUCCACCGGCUGACCGCAGAGUGUCCCCCACCUCCUCUCCAGAGCAUCAUUCCUUCGUAUCUGCUGCCAGAGCCACAGUGCCAUUCACUCCAAGGACUGACUUUGUAAAAUUCCACACCUGGAGUGACCUCUAGUCGCUCAGCAUCCACUUUGUGCCUCCAAAUUGUGUAGGACUCUGUAAUCUUUUGAUUAGUUUUUGAGAAAAUGCAAUGAAUCAUUUCACUUUUUUUAUUCAAAGCCAUUAAUAAAAUAUGCAGAUGGUCAGCCCAACACAGUUUAUUUCUUACCUGCCACCAGUGCCAGUGGUUCUCGUCAUUCCUUGGGCUUCAGCAAGUCGUAAACUAGCCAGUGCUCAGUCUUACUCCCCUAAAUUCACAAAACACUUUUCUCCAGGAUUUUGGUGAAGGGUGGGCUGUGUCUGGUUUUGCUAAUGCAUCUCCUAGGUUUCAGAGAAUCACCAGUUUUGCCAUGACUCAAAGCUUAAAGAUCAAGUUCUGCUGUUCAGUUUCUCAAACUGAAACUCAUUGGAAAAAUAAUGUAUAAUGUUACUUGUUUUAUUAUAGCAGUUCCUGAUUAAAGAAGUAUUUAAUGCAAUUUCCAGAUUUUGGUUUUUCGGGUUU